AUGUUGUAUCAAGUAAUGACUGCCGUUCUUGUGAUUGCUGUUAUUCAUAGAUUAUUUUUUUUUAUGUUUUGUUUCAGAUCUCCAUCUCCUCGUGGUAGAAGAAAACCUACACCAACACCUCGACCUACAAGAAUUCAUGUGGGUCGUCUAACACGCAAUGUAAAUCGAGAGCAUCUUCUUGAAAUUUUCUCGGUUUAUGGCACAGUGAAAAGUGUUGAUUUGCCUAUGCUUGAUGUUCGAGGAAAUUCAAUGAUGUCACGUGGUUAUGGCUACAUAGACUUUGAGAAACCAGAAGAUGCAGAAAAUGCAAUGAAGCAUAUGGAUGGAGGCCAAAUUGAUGGACAAGAGAUUACUGCUGCACCAGUUUUGAUUCUUCGUCAACAACCCAUGAGGCGGCGUUCUCCAAUGCCUAUGAUGCAGCGAAGAGGUCCCCCACCUCGUUGGCGCUCGCCUCCAAGGAUGCGUCGUCGUUCACCACCACCUAUGCGUCGACGUUCACCCAUGCCACGUAGGAGGUCCCGAUCUCGUACACCACCAAGACGCCGUAGAUAUUCUAGAUCAUCAUCAUCAUCAUCCCGUUAAUGACUUGCUGUAUCACACUGGUGACCUUGACAUUCAUACUGUCUCAUAUUUCUCUUUUAUAGUUUGUUGUCUGCCAACAUCAAGAAAAAUAACUUAUUUUAUUUCCAGGAGAGUAAUAACCAAGAAUUGUGUUUACAUGAAAGUCAGUAAUUGAAAAUUGUCCUAAAGUCUUAAUGUGCUUACUGUAAUAUGUUUAAUUGAAUUCAGGAUACUUUGUUCAAGUCCAUUAAAAGGAAAUCUUUAAUUUUACCACGGUGGAUUCAGAUGUGUUUCACAUCACAAAGUAGGAUUAAAUUUUCAGUGUAGACCAAAUCUGUAGUCUGCAGAUAGCUUUAUCUUUCAUUUGAUCUAAAUGAAGAAAAUAUUGUACAUCAAAACUGCAAUUUGUAUUAUGUAUUUCAUUGUAGUGAUUUACAAGAAAAUAAAGAAAAAUACUUGUAUGAUUACUGAUUAA